UUUGCAUUUUCGAAAUAUGUAACUUCCGGUGACAAGAACGCGCAACCCGAGGUCGCAAUCGUGAGUGGCGUGAUCGUCUGCUCCGUGUGCGGCUGACACAGCGACAGCAAUACUACUGGUAGACAGAAGGUAUAUCACCACAUGGAUGAAACGAUUAUUUCAGCACCUGGCAAGGUGAUUCUCCACGGAGAGCACGCCGUAGUCUACGGAAAGACAGCUGUUGCAUCAAGCUUAAACCUAAGAUGUUUCGUUAGAGCACUACCGAGUGAAGAUGGAUGCAUCAAUUUGGACUUGCCAGAUGUUUUUCUCCAACGACAGUGGACAGUGAAAAGUGUCCAGGAUAAUCUUCUUCCCAGACUAGUUCAAAAUGGUUAUGAUGGUAUUGUUAGCCCAGAACCAGCAUCUGAGGAUGAGCUUGAGAUCCUGAAAGAGUUUGCAAAAAUACCCAAGGAUUCUACUGCCACAACAUCAGAGCUUGCUGUCAUUGCAUUUCUGUACCUUUAUUGCAAAGUUUUUUGCAGUUCUUCCAAAAGGACUCUUCCAGCAUUUCGUCUACGAAUGAUCUCAGAGUUGCCAGUUGGCGCUGGUCUUGGCUCUUCAGCAGCAUUUUCAGUCUGUCUUGCAGCAGUCCUUCUGCAGUGGUCUGGCCAAAUAUCAUGUAAGAGCCCCCAACACUUACCCAGAGAGGAUUAUAGGGGAGACACAGCAAUGAGUGGUUCACUGGGAUGGUCACGCGAUGAACAGCUGCUGAUCAACAAAUGGGCAUUUCUUGGAGAGAAGAUAAUACAUGGUCAGCCAUCAGGGAUAGACAACUCUAUUAGCACUCUUGGAGGGGCAAUAUCUUUCCAGAAUAAAAUCAUCGAAACUGUGCAAAAGAUGCCAAAGCUCAGAAUUCUUCUUACCAAUACAAAAGUGCCACGCAGCACCAAACUCUUAGUUGCAGGUGUUCGAAAACGUCAUGAAAAGCACACGCUAGUGAUGGAGCAUAUGUUGGAGGCAAUUGAAGGCAUAGCUCAGCAGAGUCUUAGAGUGUUCGCAGCUCUUUCCGACAAGCCAUAUGACACUGAAGCUUACGCAGAGCUGGAGGAGCUGAUUGACAUAAAUCAGAGCCUUCUGAAUGGCACAGGUGUUGGUCAUACCUCGUUGGACAAGAUAGUAGCUUUGACAGCCAGAUAUAACCUUCACACCAAGCUGACUGGAGCUGGAGGUGGAGGAUGUACCUAUACUUUGAUCAAACCAGGUGCUGAUGAAGACGACAUAAAGAAUGUGAAAAAGGAGUUGGAGCUGGAAGGCUUUCAGUGCUGGGAAACUUGUGUGGGCAGUGCUGGUGUUGCUUAUCAUCCUACUGGCCACAGUGACCCUACUGUCCCUCAGCAGCUUUUCGAAUCAUGAUGACUGCACUGCCAAAAAUUCUACAUCAUCAUGACAAACUGCCAAACUCCUGCAUCAUUGACAAGACUGCCAAACUCUUGAAUCAUUGACAAGACUGCCAAACUCCUGCAUCAUUGCAAUUGUACUGCUAAACUUUGCAUCCUGUUUUCAUUACUACUACUUGGAAGUACCUUCAUGUUUACCUUCUUCACAAACUUGUAAAAGAACAGAUUAAUAACAGGAUUUAUAGACUGCAUUUCCCUACUGUGCAAGUGAGCUCUAUGGGCUUAAUGCAUACACACAUAUAAACAUAUAUAUACAAAAAUAUUAGAAAUACAUGUUGCCCAGCAUCCCAUUCUUAAUAAAACUUUUAACACAGAGUUCAUA